AUGGCUGAGUCCCAGAAGCCGUCCGUACUGAUCAUUGGAGGCCUAGGCUUCAUCGGUCGCCAUCUCGCACUCUACAUCCACGAGAACAAACUCGCCUCUGAAGUUCGAAUAGUGGAUAAACUGCUCCCCCAGCUGGCCUGGUUGGCUCCAGAAUUCAGCGAGGCAUGCUCACAGGACAAGUUCGUGCAGGCGGAUGCAAGUCGCGAACAAUCAUUUCCUCGCAUCUUCGAUCGCCCCAACGGCGCCCAAUUCGACUAUGUCAUCGACUGCGGUGGCGAAACUCGAUUCUCCCAAUCCGACGAUGUAUAUCGCCUCCGUACCUAUGCCCCUUCUCUCGCGAUCGGCAAAGAAUGUGCUCGACGGGGUAUCCGUGCCCUGAUCCAGUGCUCUGCCGCAACCGUAUACAAAGCAGAAUCGAAACCUCACAAGGAAACAGAUAAGACCAAGCCCUCCUUCAAAGUCUCCAAGUGGAAACUUACCCUGGAGGAGGACUUGAAGAAAAUUCCUGGCCUGAAUCUUUGCAUCCUAAGGUUUCCGCGUGUAUGGGGUGAAUACGACACGGGCUUCUUGACCCCUGCUCUUUGUCUCGGAAGGGUACACAAAGAACUUGAGAAACCAAUGACUUUCCUGUACUCCAAAGACCAGGUCAUGAAUACGGUAUACGUCAAGGAUGCAGCUCGUGCUCUUUGGACAGCGGCAGAGUGGCGAGCCUCCAAAGGUCCCGUUACGAAUAACGAAGACCCUCCGUUUCCUAUCACAUUCAACAUCGUCGACCACAAUAACACGAAAAAGGGAGAUUUAGCCGACGCCCUAAACCGAACCUUCGGCAUCGAGUGCGAAUUCUUGGGGACGUUAAUGACCCAGUUCGCGAAGCUGAAUCAAGAAGAAAUAGUCGAUGAGAUGAACGAAGAGGCCCUUGAGACCUGGGCUGAUUUACUCCAUGCAAAGGGAAUCACCAGACCCGGUCCCAUAAGCCCUUUUGUGGACAAGGAGCUUCUGAAAGACACCGAUGUUUCAGUCGACGGAUCUUUAUUCGAACAGACGACUGGCUUCACAUAUCAGACUCCAACUCUUCCCCAGGAUUGGUUGGAGAUCAUCGUCAGAAGCUAUGACCGAAUGAACUGGUGGCCUUGAUCCCAACCCCUGAGCACCCUUCUUUUUCUUUUUUUUUUUUUCUUUUUUUUCUUUUUGGAUCUGACCUGAAAUGAUACAACGCAUUACUGACGGUUUGACAAAUAUACAUGAUAAAUCUCAAUCUUUGCAUGGGAGGGGGAAUGUGGCUUAAGCAUUAUCGGUUAUUUGAUGCAGAGCGAAUGUUGGUUCAGUUUACAUUACAUUGAAAUCUUGGACAUUCCUCUAUAUUUCAUCAUUUUCUCUUCGUUUUGAAUACCCUUGUAACUAUAGAUUUUGUUUAUAAUUCACUUUGAUCGGCUUGUUUCUAUCUUUGUCUUGAUGUAUAUCUCCUGAAGAGCAGUGAUGCCCGUUAGAUUUCUA